AUGGGUGAUUUCAAUGCGAUGAGAUUUAGGCAUGAAAAAAUUGGGGGUUCCUAUAGGUGGAGAAAUUAUGUUUUGGACUUGAAUAAUAUGUGUAAUGAGACUAGGCUUGAGGACCUUCCGUUUAUGGGCAGCUUUUUCACUUGGAGUAAUAUGAGAGAAGGGGAGCAUAGGAUUACUACUAAGAUUGAUCGAGUUCUUGUGAAUGAAAAGUGGGGCUGUGUGUUUGGUAAUUCCAAAGCCAAUUUCCUCACCCCAAGCAUUUCGGACCAUUCUCCUUGUAUUGUUGAGUGUGGGGUUAUGUCUUCACCUAGGAAAAUCCCAUUUCGGUUCUUCAACUUUUGGGCUCACCAUGAAAAUUUCAUUAGCAUUGUUAGUAAAGCUUGGGAAGAAGAAGUUAGGGGUACCCCUAUGUAUCAAUUGGUCACUAAAUUGAAGAGAGUCAAAGAAGCAUUAAAAGUGUUUAACAAGAGGGAGUUUGGGAAUAUCUCGGCAAGAGUUAUUGAAGCUAGAGAAAACCUCGUAAGGGUCCAGCAUGCUCUUGCCUCUAAUCCUCUUGAAGAGAACCUUAUUCUUGAGGAAAAAGCCAAAGCUUUUAAUUUUAAAUCUUUAAGUCGAGAUGAGGAGUCUUUAGCUAGGCAAAAAUCUAGAGUGCAAUGGCUUAGAGAGGGUGAUCAGAACACAAGCUACUUCUUCAAAUGUGUGAAUGGCCGAAAGAAUAGAAAUAGAAUCACCAAGCUCAAGAGUGAUAAUGACAUGGUUUUUGAAGACCCUUUGAGCAUUAAGGAAGAAAUUAUCAGCCACUUUAAAAGAGUUUUUGAGGAGCCGAGGGGUGCGAGGGACUACCAAGGUUUACAAGAACUUAUUGAACCUUGCAUCACUAGUGAUAUGGCUAAUAAGAUGACUGCCGAAGUGAUGGAUGAGGAAAUCAAGAACACUCUGUUUUCUUUGGCAAGAAAUGGGCCUAUAGUCCUUACACAAAGAAGUAUUAUCACACUUGGGAAUAAGAGCAAUUGA